AGUAGAUGUUGCAGACAGUCUUGAGUCAUCUCACCGAUGGGCUGCUAGGAAUGGUCCUUGGAAAUCAAUAGCGCACAGCCAGUACCAUUUGCCGCCAUCGAAAGACCACCGUUUCUUCCUAGGUCAACCUGCAUGACUAAUACGCUGUAGUCAAGACGACCUCGACCCCGAACUUAAAGAUCGGAUGCAUCCCGAGUGUACAAUAUUAAAUUUUUCGCUCGAUUGCUUCUUGCAUUGUACAAUAUCUCUCGCUGGCUUCUCCACCCGGAGACACGCGUCUGUCAAGCCGUCAAGCCGAUUCAAUCCAUCCCCGAAGGAUUCACUAUAUCAGAACAAUGGCCACAAUCACCCAGUCAGUUUCCACAGCAGUCGAGCUGCAGGAGCGCAAUCAGGUUGGAGGGAGACUUACCAAACAUACUGGGGAUCCAACACCGCCGGGGGAUUCAGAUGAGCUAUUACAGGCCUCACUCGCAGCGGAUGCCGAGGUUCCUGAUGGGGGCUACGGCUGGGUAGUUAUUUCUGCAUGCGCAGUAAUUACCUGGUGGUUCAUUGGAACGUCCUAUUGCUGGGGUGUCCUCCAGGCGGCAUUGGUUAGGGAAGGGUUAUCAUCGUCUUCCACCCUGGCUUUCAUCGGCUCGCUGGCCACAGCAUGUAUCUCAUUUUUGGGCAUAAUCAAUGCGAAUAUCAUUCGGAGAUUAGGCACUAGGAUUUCGGCCCUACUUGGUAUCUUCUUGCUCGGCCUGGGCCAGGUUCUCAGUGGCUUCGCCACCAAGAAUGUAGGUGGCUUGUUUGCGACUGCCGGUGUUCUCUUCGGCCUUGGAGUCAGCAUUUGUUUUAUGGUAGUCUCUGCAAUCCCUGCGCAGUAUUUCAGGGCAAAGCGCGGCAUCGCUAAUGGGAUAGUAUACGCCGGAGGGGGCCUCGGGGGUACCGUCAUCAGUUUUAUCAUGAACGCCUUGCUUGGUAAAGUGGGAAUAGCGUGGACCUUCCGGAUCAUUGGUUUCAUGAUUUGGGCUACGGGCCUGCCAGCAGCAUGCUUCAUUAAAGAACGGGUACCAAUUCGGCGCACGCAGUUUGUGGAGUGGCGACUCUUCCGUGACAUUCGAUUCUCUUUGCUGUUCGCAGCCGGCGCAAUUGCAACAUUCCCGCUUCUUGUUCCCCCUUUCUUCCUUCCGUUAUACACAGAAUCGAUGGGAAUGGCCUCGGGGGCAGGUGCAGGAGUGGUAGCUGCAUUCAACUUCUCCUCUGCGGUGGGAAGGCUGAUGUGCGGCUUCUGCAGUGACCGACUGGGACCGCUGAAUACCUUGUUUAUGUCUCUUUUGCUCAGUGCCCUCAGCAUCCUGGUCCUCUGGCCUGUUUCGACGUCUAUCGGUCCGCUGAUUGUCUUCGUCAUUAUUAAUGGAAUGGCCAAUGGUGGGUUCUUUUCGACCAUGCCGACGGUCGUUGGAAAUGUAUUUGGCUCCGCUCGAGUAGGCGUCGCAAUGGGCAUGAUUGUGACCAGCUGGGCCGGAGGUUAUUUGAUGGGCGCUCCAAUUGCUGGGUAUAUUCUAAACGCGUCUGGCGGAGAGGAUGCUGGGAUUGGAGCCUAUCGUCCGGCCAUAUUCUACGCAGGAGGCAUGACCCUGAGUGCAUCUUUGUUAGCCAUGCUCAUUCGCCUUAAGACUGAUGCACAGCCGUUCAAGAGGCUCUGAUAUGAAUGAGUUACACCGGCUUAUGUCGACUGCUGCAACUUCUGGGGAGUGGAGGUAUGUCUUGGGUCUACCCCAUUGAGGGUUACAUGGUAUCUUGCAGCCUAUCAUUAUGCUGUGGCGUCAGCAAUUAGUGUCUGGCCCCCCUGGAAAGCUAGAGACGCCGAGGUUACUAGAAUGCUGAAGCAAGCCUCUACCAGAUUGCUGUGGGUCCUUAGUUUCUGAAAUAUGUCUUCACAAUGGACCAUCAAAAGUUCCUUGAAUAUUUGCCCGUCAAAGACAGCUCUGUAUUGUAG